AUGGUGGGCAAGAAAAGUGGAAAGGCUCUCCUGCGGGAGGAAGGCCUGGAAAGAACUGACAACAAUAUGGAGCUUACAUCCUGGCCCAUAAUCCAAGCCAUCAAUCAAAAGAACUAUUACACAGACUAUCUCAAACGAGAUGAACAAAUACUCGCCUACCGAUCGCAGCAGGAAGAAGCCCGCAAUAAAAUGGUGAAGCAAGCCAAAGACAGGGACAGGGCACUUGCGCAAGGGAAAACAGUUGGGCCUGAUGGCGAUAUCGAAAUGGACGAUGGUGAAGAGGAGGCCGAAGACGAGGCUGCAAGCGGAGCGAAGACAAUCGUCAUCCACAUUGGAUCGCAGAAUCUAAGAGUCGGUCUUGCCAACGACGCUCUCCCGAAGACUGUUCCCAUGGUCAUUGCUCGCCGUUCGGCCAAAUCUGAGAGCGAAGAGGGGGAUGGAGAACCAGCACCCAAACGAGCCAAGUUAGAUAACGGUCUGCCCCCUCCAGAACCAGAGAAGCGUUUUGGCGAGGACUUUGCAAAGAAGUUCUCGGGCAUGUCUCAGGAUCUCAAGGUACGAAUGAGGAUGAACAAGAGAAAGGUGCUGCCGCAGUCGAGAGACAUGGUCACCAGCUACAACCGACGAAAUACUUACGAGACCAUCACCGAGCACAAUGAUACCAUGCGUAUCGAGUGGACGGAUACAAACAACGGGCACGGUGAUCCUCCCGCAUACAUUACAGGGAAAGCGGCUCUGCGCAUCCCUGAUCAAUCAACGCCGCGCUACAAACUGUUCUGGCCAAUUCGAUAUGGUUGGAUCAACGAGCAAGACUAUGACUCGAAACAUUUCCUGUAUGAUGAUAUCCGCAUCAUCAUCGAAGACGCCAUCAAAUCCCAACUCGAACUAAAAUUGCGCACUCGGGAAGACUGGAACCAGUACAGCUGUGUCAUAGUCAUUCCUGACUACUACGAAAGGACAUACGUGACAAGUCUGCUCGAGAUGGCCAUCACCGAGUUCGGAUUUGGACGUGUUUGCUUCAUUCAAGAGAGUUUGGCGGCUUCCUUCGGUGCCGGUUUUACUACCUGUUGCAUUGUUGACAUCGGCGCACAAAAGACAACAAUAUCUUGCGUCGAAGACGGAAUGGUCCUUGAUAACUCCCGGGUCAACCUGAAAUUCGGCGGGAGAGAUAUCACUGAAACUUUUGUCAAGAUGAUCAUCUACAACCACUUUCCUUACUCUGAAAUCAAUUUGAACCGACGCUAUGACUUUCAACUGGCAGAAGAGCUGAAGCAAAAGUUCUGCACCAUGACGGAGGCAGAUGUCUCGGUGCAAUUGUAUGACUUUCACCUACGCGCGCCGGGUCAGGACACCAGGAAGUACACAUUUAAGAUCUACGACGAAGUCAUUCUUGCCCCGAUGGGGCUUUUCAAACCUCAAAUCUUUGACAACAGUGGGAAACUUAAGGGUCGUCGUAAACUUGUCGACAAAUCCUACGACAUCUACGACAACAAGCCAAAUGACCCGAGCUCCACGGCGCAAGCCGAGAUCCUUACAGCCAUCGCUCCAGAAGAACUUCUUACCUCGACAAACAAGCCCGCCACAAAGGCUAAUGGACAUACAAAUGGCGUUCUCACUAACGGAACAGCGACGAAAGAGGAAGCUUUCAACGACUCCCGUCGUCCAUCCUUUAGCAACAUAAAGGAAAUGGAUGCAACACCACAACCGUCAGCUGCAAGCUCUCCCGCCCGCAACCUGCCAGACGGCACACCACAGCCUGGGGAGGAAAACGAGGGCGGCGCUCCACGCGAGGAGAAGCCUCCAAUUCCUGAGGUGGAAGAAGAAGAACCUCUUUCUAUCGAACGCCGCGACGACAUCCUGCCUAUCUACCCUCUGCCCAAUGCCAUCGUCACGUCCAUUACCCAUGCAGCUAGAGGCUCUUCCCAAAAGACGUCCGAUCUCCUCUCCGGCAUUAUGCUUACCGGCGGCACGUCCAUCAUACCCGGGCUCGGGUCGCAUCUCGAAGAGAGUUUGAAGGGGAUCCUACCCGGCUACAGCAAAGACAUUCUAAUCGGACGUCCGCCCAGGGAACUAGAUCCCCAGGUCGUUGCGUGGAAAGGCGGCGCGGUUUUUGGCAGGAUGAGUCGUACCAAUGAUUCGUGGAUCAAUGCCUUUUUGUAUGAGAGGCUGGGUGAACGCAUAUUGGCGCAUAAGCUAAUGUGGGCAUGGUAA